UUAUAAUUCCACGUACAUUUGACGACGACGAGUUCGUUCAAAAAGAUCAUUAUUUUUCAUUAUGUUUCGGUUUUAAAGUGUAAAUAUUUUAAAAUUCUGAACAAGUCGUAGUUCCCUGUACUUCUUGUUUCAUAGCUGAUACCGAUGGAAUCCUUGGAGGCGAAUCUGUGCGCCCUAUAUUCGGAGCUACAGAAGUUGGAAGCGAACAAUGAUUUCGAAAAAGCUCUCAGUGUUUCUGAUAAAAUACUGAAGAAACACCCCGAAGAAGUAGAAGCUUUUCAUUGUAAAAUAGUAUGUUUAAUCCAGUUAUCGAAGUUCAAAGAGGCUGUAAACAUCAUAGAAAGCAAUAAGAAUCAACUAGAAAGUUUAACGUUCGAACGAGCCUACUGUUGGUACCGGUUGAACGAUCCGAAAAAAGCUCUCGAUGUGAUAACAUCCUGUAAAAUAUCGACACUCAAGCUUCAGGAGUUACAAGCACAAGUGUUAUAUCGUCUUGAAAGGUACGACGAGUGUUUCAAAACGUACAGAGAUAUCAUUAAAAAUUCUCACGAUGAUUACGAAGACGAACGUAUGACCAAUUUAUCCGCAGCGAUAGCAAGUAUCGUCGCUACCCAACAAUAUUCCAAAAAAGAAAUACCGCAAAUUGGCGAACAUACGUACGAACUGUUGUACAAUUCAGCUUGUAGAUUGGCCGAAGAAGGUCUUUACAUCGAAGCUAAAGCGAAACUACAAGCUGCUGAGAAAUUAUGUCGUAAUUCGUUGGAAGACGAUGGAUUGGCCGAGGAAGACAUCUUGGACGAGCUAGCUGUCAUCAAGACGCAAAUAGCGUAUUGCAUGCAGAAAUUAGGACAAGAAAAAGAAGCUCAAAAUAUGUACAAUGGUAUUUUGAAACAUAAACCUAAAGAUAUCGCGGUGAUUGCCGUAGCGAGCAAUAACAGUGUUGUGAUAAAUCGCGAUCAAAAUAUUUUCGAUUCCAAGAAGAAAAUCAGAUCUUGUACCGUAGAUAAUCUUGAAUUCAAGUUAGCGUCUCGUCAACGUGGAGCUAUUGCUUUCAAUCAGUGUUUAUUCGCGUUGUAUAAUCAGCAGACUGAAUAUUGUGUGCAAUUGUGUAACAAACUAGAAAGUAAUUUCCCAUCGCUGCGAGAAGGCGCCGUACUGAUCAAAUCGGUUAUUUUGGCGAAAGAAAGGAAAGUUUCUGAAGCGGUUGAUCUGCUGUUGAAAUUCGCUUCUAAAAAUAUCUCUAAUCAACUAAAAUCAACGUUGACUGCCGUCCAGUUGUUACUAUCGGAGGAUGAUCGAGACAAAGCAUUCCAACUUUUAGAAAGUUUAGUAAAAAAUAAUUACAGACCUGGUAUCGUGAGUGCUCUAAUAACUUUACUCGCCGCUCGAGAAGAUCAUUCGAACGCUGUUAACUUAUUAAACGAAGCAGUCGCUUGGCAUUCUUCUCAUAAAAGCGAUGACAUUGAUUUAAAAUCAUUUUGGAAACAAGCUGCCGAAUUUUACUUACGUGAAAAUGAUCCUCAAGCUGCCGUAAAAUGUUUGCAUAACCUACUAUCUUUAGAUCCUCAAGAUCAGAAAACUAUCGCUAAAUUAGUUAUAGCGUAUGUUCAAUUUGAUAAACAAAAAGCUGCAGAAUUCUGUGAAAAAUUACCUCCAAUUAACGUCGACCACGUCGAUAUAUCUGCAUUAGAGAACAUAUCAUGGCAUACGAAUAAGCAAAAGAAAUUGAAAGUACAGCCAUCUCCCGGCAAAGCAUCGGGCACUGACUCGAGUUUGAAAACGAAGAAGAAAAAGAAAAGGAAGCCCAAAUUGCCUAAAAAUUACGAUCCCAAUGUACCUCCUGAUCCCGAACGAUGGCUGCCUAGAUACGAAAGAUCAAAUUAUAAAAAGAAGAAAGAUCGCCGACACAGAGAUACUGGUAUUGGUAAAGGAACACAAGGUGCUGCUGGAACGUCUAGCGAUCAAUAUGAUAUCACGAAACGUGCAGCUACCAGUACUGGUCAGCAAAGUAGUGCGCAUGCUCCUCGUUUGCAACAAAGGAGUAAAAUACAGCAUAAAAGGAAGAAGAAGGGUGGCAGAUGAUUUUAUCUGGUGUAUUUUAUUUUCGUUUUCUGUUGUAUUUAAUUAAAGGUAUUACGAUUUCUGUAUAA